UGGUGUGAGUAUGUGUUCCCUCGUCACCACUAUUUAUAUACCCUGUCCUGUACUACUGAUCUCUCCUACAGGGUGUCCUGCUCUUACCCCCCCCUAUUCAACCUACUCAUAACCGCCACAAUGACAGACCAAGGGGAACCCUGGAGAGGAAGUGGAGGACCUGAGGAGGAGGAGUUACCACAGAUGGACGGGUCAUGUGACGCAUGCGAGCCUGACGAGGCCCAGCAGGCUACCCAGGUGUGUUACACCUGCAGCUUCGCCUUCUGCUCUACCCACGCUGAGAAACACGCCCACAGCACACGACACCCGCUGACGCCAUACAGCCAGGAAGUGGUGCAGCCCCAGGCCCGGUCCCAACAGCCGGCCAGGGACAGAGACACAGGGGAGGGGGCAGGGGAGGAAAGGGUACGAGAGAUUGGGCAUAGGGCAGAGCAAGGGGUGGUGGAAAAUGGGGCAUGCAGUGGGACUGGGGUACAAGAGAACAAGACGUGUGGAGGAGAGAGAGUCCAGGGGGAGGGGAAAGUUGAUGAUGGUGAUGAAGAGGCGAAGGCAGCCCCAGAGGGGGGUAGUAAGAGGGACACAGUGACAGUGGAGAGGCUGCGCUGUAAGGAGCAUGGCCAGGAGGGUACUCUUUACUGCAAGACCAACGAGAAGGUCAUUUGUGUGGUGUGUGCCGUGCAGGGGGAGCACCGCGAGCAUGAGAUCAUCACCUUGCGCGAGGCCUACGUCUGGCAGAAGGUGAGUCACACUUAUAUGACAUCAUACCUGCAGGUGGACUCGAAAUGUCUUCACAUAAGAAUGAUCACUACCUGUCAACACAUGUUUAUUACAUAGAUAUUACACUGUACCACCAUUAUUAACCUAGAUAUAAGCACAGUACCACAUUUAUAACAUAGAUAUAAGCACAGUACCAUGUUUUAACAUAGAUAUAAGUACAGUCCCACCAUUUUUAACAAACACUACAUGACCAAAGGUAUGUGGACACCUGAGUGCCGAGCAUCUCAUUCCAAAAUCAUGGGCAUUAAUAUGGAGUUGGUCCCCCAUUUGCUGCUGUAACAGUCUCCACUCUUCUGGGAAGGCUUUCCACUAGAUGUCGGAACAUUGCUGUGGGGACUUGCUUCCAUUCAGCCACAAGAGAAUCUACUAAUUUGAAGGGGUGUCCAUAUACUUUUGUAUAUAUAGUGUAUAAAAACAGGCAUGCAGACCCUUAACCAAGGGUAAGAAGAGUUCUAAACUUGCAUUCCAUUGUAAAGGGAGAAAGAUAUCCUUGCUACCUCUGUCCUUGAUUAGAUGACCUGCAAAGGUAUUGUUCAUGGAGAGAGAGCGUACAGCAGUGGCGUUCAGUGCCAUUUUAAGAUGAGGGAGGCCCAUUUUUUUAAAGAGCAUGGCCUUAUUUAUAUUACAGCUUAUUGGAUGACUGUCAUUUAUAUUCCAUUCACCCAGUUCAAUGUAACAGCGAUAGGUUUAGGCUACUACAUGAUACUCGAAUUUAGGUGCAGACAGUUCAAGAGACAAAUUUGAGGUGACAGACAGUGACACAUGGACAGACAGUGACAUUCAAUACAGCCUUGCACACUCUUGCCUGCAUCUAGCUGAUAUAGGGUGUAAUCAUUAGUCCAACAGUUGCAAACCAGAGUUUGCUUCCAUUUAAGAAAAGUUUUUCAUCAGAAUCGGCGGAAGUUCACUUUCAUAGCAGCCACGUUGUAUUCCUUCUCGCAUCUAUGCACUCUCCUCCUCUCACCGAUUCCCUUCACUUGUGGACUUCAAUGCACAACACAUCAGUUGUAUUUGACCAGGCGAAAAAUCCUUUCCAAGACAAAGCGCUACACACAGCCUACAUUGUUGUCACCAUAUUAGCUAAAGUAACAUCAUAGUCAGCAUAGCUAAUAGAACUAACGUGUUAGUAAAAUCAUGCAGUAACGUUACAGUGUACAGUCAGUAAGCAGCUACACCGGCGGGCCCCGGUGGCAAUACAUUCGUAAAACCAAAAGCUUACCUUGACUUGGAAGAGUUCCAGUGUUGUGUUAGAAACUCAUAGCCAGCUAGCUAACAUAGCAUCCCUCUGUUUGAGCAGAGUGUUUGAGUAGGCUAAACUAGCUAGAUGCAUUUGCUAGCUAAGUAAGUGAAACUGAAAGUGAAAAAUAAAUGUCUCUCUUGCUUUUCUUUCAUUUUGGAAGAAAUGAAUAUGUUCAAAACUGUUCAACUACUGUCUUUCUCUCUCUUUGAGUCAACUACUCACCACAUUUUAUGCACUGCGGUGUUAGCUAGCUAUAGCUUAUGCUUUCAGUACUAGAUUAAUUCUCUGAUCCUUUGAUUGGGUGGACAACGUCACUUCAUGCUGCAAGAGCUCUGAUAGGUUGGAGGACGUCCUCCGGAAGUUCAUAAUUACAGUGUAAGUUUAUGGAAGGGGGUGAGAACCAUGAGCCUCCUAGGUUUUGUAUUGAAGUCAAUGUGUCCAGAGGAGGACGGAAGCUAGCUGUCCUCUGGCUACACCAUGUUGCUACCCUACAGAGUGCUGUUGAGGCUACUGUAGACCUCCUUUGCAAAACAGUGUGUUUUAAUAAAUUAUUUGGUGACGUGAUUAUAUUUAGUAUAGCUUUAUCUAAAAUGUAUAACUUUUUUAAUGUUUUACUAUUUUUAUUUUUAUGAAAUUCACUGAGGAGGAUGCGCCUCCCCUUCCUCCUCUGAGGAGCCUCCACUGGCGUACAGUACAGUGACACAGCCUGUAUGUAACUCAUUCUAUGCCCUCUACUGCACAAUACAUCCCCUAUAGGAGAAACAAUACUAUCAAUAUUGUUUAUGUAGUGUCUGCAUCUGUAAUAUUAUAUGAUAUCAAUGGACUAAUAGCUCUCAUGCACGGAUACAUUACCUCCAGUCAACACACUAGGGCUUUAGAAAAGUUGAGCAGAGUAUCUCCAUAUGUUUAACACAAUGAUGUCAUGUAAAAAUAAUACUAGUAUGCAUCAUGUGACGGCUACAAUGACCUCAUGACAAAUCCUCCCAGUUAUCCAGCCCUAUUAAUAAUCUGUAUGGAAACAACAUAUAUAUUAUUAUUUUUUGAAUUUGAUUAACAUAUCCCAGUGUCUGUUUGACUAGGGAUCAAUUCCUUCCUGCAUUGUGGCUUCACUUCCUUCCCAUAUGGCUUUUUACUGCAGGCGUUUUACAGCCCAUCCCCUCCCGUCCCGUGACUCACUGACUAACUGACUGCUCUCUGUGGGCAGAGGAGAUAUCAUGGAUAAUGUGCAGGAGAGGGAAUGACAUCAUCAUCACUACGCAGGGAGGAGAGAGAUUACAUUAUCACUGCCCCAUUUACAUUCAGUAUCAUUAUAGUACCAAUUAGUGAUGAACCAAGUGGGAUAAUCAUCAUCAUAAUUUUGCCUCUGAGGAAUAUUUAGAAUGAUAAAAGAUGAAGCCUAGGAGUAAUGGAAUUUUACAAACCAACUUCAAAUUGUGUGACUGUCUCUGUCCUAUGUCUUUGUUCUCCUCCAGAGCAGGGACGGUUAUGACCUGCUGGGCUGCACACAGAACAUGGCUGACCACAUCAAGACCAAGUGGACCAAUCCUGAGGUCAGUACAACCACACUAUUACAACUAACAUUCCAAUAUGGCCAACAGUGUUUCUAUCUCGGAACACUACUUUGA